AGGCAGGGAAGGGGAGCAAACGCCUUGUGUGUCAGAGACAGAGAGCGAGUGAGUGAGUGAGACCGCGAGAUAGAGAGAAAGAGGAAGAGAAAGGGAGAGUUUGGGGGGGUUUCACAGUGAACAGCUGAACAGCUCCGAGUGGUGUUGAGCCUCACAGAGCCUUGAGGGGAGAGGAGGUGUGUGUGUGAGGAGAGAAGAGGUGUGUGUAUUAGCGGAGAGGAGGUGUGUGUGUGUGUGUGUGUGAGGGGAGAGCGGUGACUGUGGACUUACUGCCCCCAUCUUCAGCGCCACCGCUGUGCUUCCUGGAGGAGCGGGUCUGUGAAGGAGCCCUCUCAGGCUGUCAACCGAGGCACGGACAGACUGACUGGACUGGAGUUGUUUAUUUACUUUGGAGGCUAUCUGAGAUUGCGCGCACACACACACAAACACACACACACACACACACACAACACUACACACAGCAGCAUGGGGACGGUCAGCGAGCUCUGUGCUUCCAGUUUUCAGGCAUUUCUCUGCCCAGCGCUGCGUCCAGCUGCCAACACAGUGCCGGACGACCUCACUCCAGAGGAGAAGCAGGAAUUGGAGAAUAUCCGACGCCGAAAACAGGAGCUCCUGGAGGACAUACAGCGUCUGAAGGAUGAGAUAGCAGAGGUGACCACUGAGAUUGAGAACCUGGGCUCUACUGAAGAGAGGAAAAACAUGCAGCGGAAUAAACAGGUGGCCAUGGGCCGCAAGAAAUUCAACAUGGACCCCAAGAAGGGGAUCCAGUUCCUGAUCGAGAACGACCUUCUCAAGAACACAUGUGAGGACAUUGCCCAGUUCCUCUACAAGGGGGAGGGACUCAACAAGACUGCCAUCGGGGACUACUUGGGGGAGAGAGAUGACUUAAACCUUCAGGUUCUGCAUGCCUUCGUGGAGCUGCAUGAAUUCACAGACCUCAACCUGGUGCAAGCUCUCAGGCAGUUCCUGUGGAGCUUUCGGUUGCCUGGCGAGGCUCAGAAGAUCGACCGCAUGAUGGAGUCGUUUGCCCAGCGCUACUGUCGGUGCAACCCGGGAGUCUUCCAGAGCACAGACACCUGCUAUGUGCUGUCGUUUGCUAUCAUCAUGUUGAACACCAGCCUGCACAACCCCAAUGUGAAGGACAAGCCGGGUGUGGAUCGCUUCAUCAGUAUGAACCGAGGCAUCAACGACGGAGGAGACCUGCCAGAGGACCUGCUCCGAAACCUGUAUGAAAGCAUCAGGAAUGAACCAUUUAAAAUCCCUGAAGAUGAUGGCAAUGAUCUCACACACACCUUUUUCAAUCCAGAUCGUGAGGGUUGGCUUCUUAAACUAGGUGGUCGUGUAAAGACCUGGAAGAGGAGAUGGUUCAUCCUGACAGAUAAUUGCCUCUAUUACUUUGAGUACACCACUGAUAAGGAGCCCAGAGGAAUCAUUCCCCUGGAGAAUCUCAGCAUCAGGGAGGUGGACGACUCCAAGAAGCCGAAUUGCUUUGAGCUGUUCAUCCCAGACAAUAAAGACCAGGUGAUCAAGGCAUGCAAGACAGAGGCCGACGGGCGUGUGGUGGAGGGCAAUCACACCUUCUAUCGAAUCUCAGCCCCCACUACUGAGGAGAAGGAUGAGUGGAUCAACAGUAUCAAAGCUGCCAUCAGCAGGGACCCUUUCUAUGAGAUGCUGGCAGCACGGAAGAAGAAGGUAUCCUCCACGAAGAGGCAGUAGGACUCCUGUAGAAAACAGCAGCUGCUCUUCUACUAGGCACUGGACCUUAACUUUGGGCCUGGACAAGAGAGGAGACGGGAAGGGUGUGGUGGACGGGGUGUCCAUGGUUGGACGUCUGAACCUGUGCAGAUGGAGCAGAGGGAAUUCUGGGAGCUGGCUCAGGAUCUGUUGUAUCAUUUUCCCCCCCAUCAGCAUUCUCUCCAGGACCUUGCCUUGCUCUCUCUCUCUCUCUCUCUCUCUCUGCGUCCGACGAUGAGAGGAAGUCUGUUAAGAGUUCCCUCUCUGAUAAAACAUUCAACCAAAUGAGUCCACACACAAACACACACAAACACACACACACACACGCACAACCAUCUCAACUCAGCAGGUCUGACUGAAUGUGGCAUCCUGUGUAAGAUUUUCUAAACUGGUUACAGAUUAGAAAAAAAAACUCCUGUGCUUUAAUAUAUGAAGGACAGAAAAGCGCACCUAUUUUUACAUCACAAUCCUCUGUCAGGGGAGGAUUUCUCACUUAGCUGUUCUUGUAAGUAGAGAGUAGGCACAGUCAUUAAUCAACUCUUUGGUUAACCAUUUUCUCCUUGGUUCCUUUUGCAUCAGCCAUGCUAUGCCAUACCACUUCUUCAAGGCUGUGUAGAUAUUCUUCAUAUUUGCCAUCAUGGCAGGCAAGAACUGUUAGGUGGUAUGAUGUUUUGUGUUAGUAAAUUGUUAAAAUUUGUCAUCUGCCAAAGUUUUUUUUUUUUUUCAAGACACAUUGCUUUCCUUAUGAUUCAUGCUCACUUUUUUUGUUUGCUCUUUGUGAAAUGUGCCCAUUCCCCCUUUGCCUAAGGCAACCACAUAUCUCACAGACGUUUGAUCCAAUGCUCAGGUGAGCAUAAUGACACAGAGACUAUGAAACUGAAGACAAGUGGAGACUGAGCUGAGACCCCCCCCCCCCCACACACACACACACACACACACACACACACACACACUCUUUCAUACUGUGCUGUGUCUGCUAGGUGGGUCUGCUGUGGGUGUGAGGGAUACUGUAUACUCAACUGUAAAUUCUUUGCAGCUUGUUUGUACGCAGGCCAUACACAGAUACUUCCACAGAGAAUGACUGUGGAUCCUUAGAAGUGCAGCUGUUAUGCGCUUUGUGCUACCCUUGCUGACACAUCUGACCCGUUUCCUCCACUGAAAAGGACCAUAGAGCCCUCCUGUUCAUACUGCAGAGAGGAUCUAUGGUCAUUUGGUAAAACCUCCAUUUUCAAUAUGACUGACCGUACAUGCCCCCAAUUUCAAACCUAUAACUACGGUAAUACACUUUCAACAUUUAAGUGACUUCUCAUCUGAUUGUAUUUUUGUUUGUAGUCCCUUUGUUGUUUCCAAAGUGGCAUUAGAGUGAAAGUCAUAUACAUGAGCUUUUUUGUUUGUUUUACAAGCCAUACGUGUUUCUUUCUUAUUUAAAUGUGCUGGUAAUUUAGAAAGCAAAAUUAUCAAACUGAAGUAGUUUAUUUAUCAAGGCGGUGUAUAUACUUAAAUGUAUAGGUUAAUCUUUUAUUUGAAAAUAUGUUUGUGUGAACAUUUAUGAAGUUGGGUGCCGGUUUUGUUAAACAUAGCUUUUUUUGCACCAAUGUCUCAUACCCCUGCGCUGACAAACAAUAAAUGCAAACAUGGCAAGUGCUUUCAAAA